GAUUGACAAGUCCGGAACUUCUCACAGUAAAUCUUAUAUUUUAUUUAAUCCUAAUUUAAAUAAUAAUAAAAAUUGUAAUUAUUAUAUUUUUACCCACAGGAAGUGUGUGGGAACUGUGAUAUCGUGCUAGUCUUGAAACUCGAAAGUCGAUAGGGGCUCGUGAAGCGUCAAACAUAGUGUUUAUAUUAUUUACAGAGGGAUUGAAUAAAGCCUCCUGGAUUGUGGAUACUGACCAGAAUGUACUAUUUUUAACUUAGUGUUGUAACAACAAUGAAAACAGUGUUACUAUUGUUGUUUUCUUGUGUCACGGCGAACGCAAACAACAGUAUUUAUGAUGUGAGCUGCACCGAUCGCUCCGAGGGUCUGUAUUUCGAACCCGUCAGCGGAGUCCGCGGCCGAAUCACUCUGCAAUGGUGCACGGCGGCGGACACGAAAGUCAAGAAAUGGAACCUAAACUUGUCUUACUUUACAUCGCUGAAGCCUGAACAGUGCAUUAGCAAUUAUGCUUCCAGCAAAGAGCAUCACUUACAUUCGUCAUUCGAUGAAGUCGUCCCGGUCAACCUUAAUUGUACAAACGUUUGUUUUAAAACAUUCUUAGAUGCCAUAUUUCAUUCAACGUGCUAUAAAAUAUCCACGUCUCAAUCAAGUGAAAAUGAAACACUUUUGCACUAUGACCAAUACCAUUAUGUUAAUAAAAAUGACAGUGUCUUAACAAUAGAAGAUGUUUCCAAAAGCACUACCAGUGCCCAUUAUCAGGGGGGUGGUGAGGACAUAAUAAUUGAUUGGUUACCGGCCAUUCCUGUUUCUCUAUAUCACGCGUACAUCAACGAUGUGAAUGACAGCAGGUCGGUGGACAUGAACUGCAGCAGCGUGGCGCCGCAGCACGUGCGCUGCCGCGCGCGCGCGCCGCCCGGCUGCUACCGCGCCUGGUUCCGCCACGACGCCGCCUGGGCCUCGCUCGGCUUCGACGUCCACAACUUCCACCAGGACUUCUGUCACCGGGUGGAGGCGGAGGUGGGGCCGACGGCUGUGGGCGCGCGCGAGGCGCCGGGCCUGUGGUGGGCGGCGGGCGCCGCGGCGGCCGCGUUGCUGCUGGGGGUGCUGGGCGCGCUGGCGCACCGCAGCGCGGCCAGCGCGCGCUUCCGCCAGCGCGUGCAGGACAGCUGGCGCGACGUGCUCGGCCGGCGCGCGGCGCGCGGGCGCGCGGCGGCGCGGCGCGUGGUGCUGCUGUACGCGCGCGACGCGGCGCCGCUGCAGCGCGCGGCCGGGCGGCUGGCCGGCCUGCUGCGCCGCGCCGUGGGCUGCGAGGUGCUGGACCUGUACGAGGCGGAGGCGGUGGCGGCGGCGGCGCCGGCGGGCGGCGCGUGGCUGCGCGCGCAGCUGGCGCGGCCGGGCGCGCGCGUGCUGCUGCUGCUGAGCCCGGCGCUGGGCGCGUACUGCGCGCGCGCGCCCCACGCCGACGGGCCGCUGGAGUAUGUAAAACGUGCUCCUUGCAUGCCUCACGGAGAUAUUUUCCACUUUCCGUCGAGUGGGCCGCUCGGUCCGUCCAUUAUUGACACACAGAAAAGGCAGGUUCCCCUCGCCCCGCAGGCGCCGCUGCUGGCGCGCGCGGCGUGGCGGCGGCCGCACGCGGCGGACUCGCUGCUGCUGCUGGCGCUGCGCCUGCUGGGCGAGAGCGCGCACGCCGAGCCGCAGCCCUUCCGCAAGUACUACGUUGCUGCGGUGGAGGGCGUGGCGUACCGCGACGUGGUGCCCGCGCUCACGCCGUGUCGCCGCUACAUGCUGCCGUCCGCCGCGCUAGAGCUGCUGGCGGACCUGGCGCCCGCGCCCGCCACGCCGCUCGAAGGCGGCCCGGCGCUGGACCCCGAGGCCCAGCAACUCCUGGACCAACUCGGGGAAGCGUUGAUAGAGUUCCGGGAAUACGCGCGCGAUCACCCCAACUAUCUGUUUGAAGAUCUUGUGUUCGAGUGACCUUGAAGCUUAUGUUUUAUAAGUUUAUAUCCUCUCCCGCGCCAUCUGCGGUAUUCCGGCUCGGUUUUGUUUGCGUUUCGGUACUCCCAAACAGUACUGCAGUAAGAUGACUCCCUAUGUUAGACUCAUUUAUCAUAUUAUGGAAAUGAAGCUUAAUUGUUAUACUCCGCGAAAAGCAGGAGAAUCUGAAUGGUGUCAUUUAUAAUUACUUCAAUCUUUAUACUCCAAGCCAAACAGAGCCUGUCGCGCAUGGUUAUGAAUAUGGAUACAGGUACUUUGUUUCAAUAUUGUGCGAGAAACUUCUUCAUCUAUAAAUGGUUGCGUAUGGUAUGCGUCCCAUAUAUUAGUAUAUUUCUUUAAUGUGUUAUAAUUAUUUAUUUAUAGUCUGCGACAGAUUUCUGCGCUUACGAACGUAAUCGCUGUAACGUAUUAACAAGACACUAUAAAUACUGUGCACGCGUCACCUAGGCCGCGAACAAGACUCAGAGCACUCGUAUUUUAACAGAACAUUUGUGACAGUUAGUGACUCCAUUGCAAUGUUUAAACUACAUUGCCUCUCGCGCUCUUGAUACAUGUGCGCCGUUCUGAGAAGCCGUCUCGUUGAAGAGCUAAAGGGCAUGUCUAGUGUCUUAUUAUUACGAAUUCUACGGCCACAACUGUAUCUGUAUGACGCGGACGCCACUUGGUGAAAUUAUUGGUGCUAUUUACAAAAAAAAAUAGAUAUAUAGAGAUAAGGAGAAACUUUUGUUAGUAUAUAUUUUGAGAUACAUUUACCCCCUUAAUAAAAUUGACAUCACGUUGGAAUAGUUAGGCAGUGUUUUCUCACGUUCUGACGUUGGAAUAGUGCUGACGGAUAAAUUGUGACGAAACACUGCGUAACUAUUCGUAGGUUAUUCCUCGUUUAUUAAUAAGGGUGUUAGAGUAUAACAUUUUAAAGGACUUUUGCAUAGUUGCUUUGCGAUAGUCCUUGAUAUACAAUGGAUACUAAGCUUUAUUGUCUGUAAUCUGUCAUGUGUUUUACGAGCUGUAGGAAUCUCGUUUGCGUCUUUUUUAUCUUUUAAAAAUUCAGCCAGAAAAAAAUAGUGUUUAGUUUUCCUGAAAUACAAUGUCACUCAUGUCCAUCUCCAGGAUACAUGCCAAGAAAAUGGAAAACUUAGCCAAGGUCAGUUGAGCAAUGCAAACGUGUAUACUAAGGUAACAAAGCCUUUUUUUAAAUCCCCCGGAAACGUUAACCUGAUGCUGUUGGGAUAAAAAGUAUCCUGAAAAAAUAUCCAGAAAUAAAGCUAUAUAUACGUGCAGUAUUUCAAUUCUAGGCAUUUCAGCCGAACAUAGGUAAAAAGUAAAUUAAUUACUAUAUAUUACUGAAGCUACAUUUGUUAAACUUAUACCAAGUAUGAAUUUUAUCCGAUUGAUCAUUUUAUUGGACCAAAGUGUUAUUUAUAUAAAAUGCUAGUUAAUUUAAGUUUUUCUCACAGUAAAUCAUGUAGUCUACGACUGAAAUCCAAAUUAAUUUGAAUGUGUAUAGAAAAUUAUUUGUAAUCACUUUCAACGUACAUAUUUUAAACAAACGGAUUUGUAUUUCUAUAAAAAAAAUCCUAAAAAUGUUGCUAUUGUUCAAUGUAAAACUUAUUAAACUCCUCAUACAAAGCAUUCGGCGAUCGUUUCCGCGGGAUUUGAAACUUUUGUACCACAUAAGAUCUAACAGCAAAACCAAUCUUGAAAAUAAUUGCAUAUAGCUGGUAUCGUGUCAAAUACUUUUCAACUCUAAAAAAUAAACGGUUCUUGCAGGAUUUUAUAAAAUCGCGAUAGGUUACUUAACCUGACUAGUAAUUUUGUGCUUGAUAUACAGUCAAACCUGGAUAAGCGAGAGUUCAAGGGAGCACAAUCUCAUCCUCGCUUAUAG